AUGGGUGAUGUUGAGAAAGGCAAAAAGAUUUUUAUUAUGAAGUGCUCCCAGUGCCACACCAUUGAAAAGGGAGGCAAGCACAAGACUGGGCCAAAUCUCCACAGUCUCUUCAGGCGGAAGACAGGUCAGGCCGCUGGAUACUCUCACACAGCCACCAAUAAGAACAAAGGCAUCACCUGGGGAGAGGAUACGCUGAUGGAGUAUUUGGAGAAUCCCAAGAAGCACAUCCCUGGAACAAAAAUGAUCUUUGUCGGCAUUAAGAAGAAGGAAGAAAGGGCAGACUUGAUAGCUUUUCUCAAAAAAGCUACUAAUGAGUAA